AUGUGGGAAGAAUAUCACAGAUAAGACUUGCCUAUUAAGUCAGGACUUUCAAUUUAUCCACCUCUAAAUCUACUCCUUAUUAAAAGAAACAAUUGGCUUCAACUAGGCAUUCAUUCCGCUAUUUUUCGAAAUCCAUUUCUAUUUUUUUAAGUUGCAAUGUCAGCUUUGCGAGGGCUACGAAAACAAACAACUCUGCUCUGAAUGCCGGGCGGUUUGUGGUUUGGUUUGUUUUUUGAAAAAAAUUAUAAUUUUAGUUAUUUUUGCAAUUGGAUCUUUGCAUAUAAUUCCUUGCAAUAAAACCAAUCGAAAGGGUGGAGGGGGGGCAGAAACCUCGCGAUGCAAGCUCGUCGUUCUGCAAAGAGAUCGAUUCUGGGCAGCCGGGUUUGCGCUCCAAGUCCGGCCGGGGAUGGGCAGCUCAUCCCCGGGGUGAUCCAGGCGCUGAAAUCCGAAAACAAGGAGUGUGGGGGACGAUGCAACCUAUACAUGGUCAUGCUGGAGGAUGGCACCCUGCGGGAAUACCCAGAGGAGGAGAUCGUUGUGAUGGGACCCGGCUUGCACACCCACGGCAACAAAGUGCAGAUGAAAUGCAGAGAGAAGCUCUAUUGCAAUGGCCGAGACUUGUCUUCUGUUGCAACAAUGCAUGAUCAAAGCCACGUUGAGAACUACCAGAAGAUGAUGGAGCAGCAGUUGCCCCUAGUGCGAAAGAUUGAAGCUAUGAAGAUAUUGGAAACUAAAAAGAUCAGCUGGAUUCAGGAUCACGACAAGGAUCACAUGCGCCCAAUUGGUGCUAUUUCAGAUCAGAAAAGGAAAGUUGUUUCUUCCAACAUUGAUGUCCCUCGUGCAAGAAACUUCUCUGAGGAAAGGGAGAUGGACAAAGUAACUGCAGCAAUGGUCCUGACUAGCCUGUCCACCAGCCCGCUUGUCCGCAGCCCUCCCCCCGCAGUGCGUGUGGCAGAUCAGAAUGGUUCUUGGAAGGAGCUGACUAACAUGUCAUCGAGCUACAGCAGCAGUGGCAACUGGAGCUGGGGGGCCCCGAGUGACCAGUCAAACCCAUCGACGCCAUCACCUCCCUUAUCGGCUGACAGCUUCAAACCUUUCCGUGCAACUGUGCAGCAAGACGACAGCAUCGAUGAGGCAGAAUCCAGCAAUCUGAUGUUUGAUGAACCCAUUCCGAGGAAGAGAAAGAACUCCAUGAAAGUCAUGUUUAAGUGUUUGUGGAAGAAUUGUGGAAAGGUGCUGAGCACUGCGGCAGGGAUCCAGAAACAUAUUCGUACCAUCCACUUGGGCCGAAACGUAGAUUCAGAUUGCAGUGAUGGUGAAGAGGACUUCUAUUACCAGGAGAUUAAACUGAACACUGAUUCUGCAGCUGAGGGUAUAGGUAGCCUUUCCCCAAUGUCACCAUCAGUGGCGUCUCCACCUACGCUCUCGAGCCUGGACUUAGGACGACCUGAAACCACCAUCACAAGAACCGAGACCAAAACUACAACUCCUCUGAGUCGGUCCGCACCGACCCGCCUCUACCUGGUCCACACUGACCAUGCUUAUCAGGCCACAGCACCGGUUAAUAUUCCUGGAUCAAAGUUCACGCCAACCAGCAAUGGAUUCAGCAUCUCCUGGCAAUCUCCACCAGUCACCUUCACGGGCAUCCCAGUUUCACCGACCCAUAAUCAUUCCGUGGGUGCUGGAGAACAACGUCAACAGCCCCUUUCUUCACAACCCUCUCCACCGAGACCUGUUGUUGGAGCAAGAAAAAUCCGUGGGGAAGGAAAGAAAUGCCGAAAAGUGUAUGGUAUGGAAAACCGGGAUAUGUGGUGUACUGCCUGCCGUUGGAAGAAAGCUUGUCAAAGAUUUAUUGAUUAGAAACGAGUUGUGAAAGGCCUUUUGAGACAAAUUUUGGGCAGCUAUUAAGAAUAGUAUUUUGGAGCACUAAACUGUUUUUUAAAUAAAUGUAUAAAUGUAGCAGCAACAUUCAUAUCAAACGAGUUGCACUUAAAAGAAGUCUAUGUGGAACUGAGUGGCAAACAGGCUACUCAGAUAUCAGUGAUGGAAGAUACAUUACAUGGAAAUCUCAUUCUGUGAGCAAGUGGACUCGAGUGAUGAGGCAGUUCUGAAGCAAAUGCUUCUUUAAUGGUUUGAAGUAUUGACUGACCAGGAAAUGAAGAAUACUGCAUUGCAAAUUUAUUAUUUAGUCGUGGAGGCUUCUCAGGAAGCACGAUGGUUGUGAACAUAUUUCAAACCAAUGAAGCAUUAAUGUGGUUAAUAUUUUUGCCAUGAUUUCACUGUUCUCUUGAUUAGUAUUACAUGCAAUUUCUUUAAAGUUUUACGGAACAAAGUAUUCUGUACAGAACACAAGUCUUCUCCCAACUUCAUCUCAUACUAUCAACAUACCCUUCCACUUUACCUAAUGCAUUUGCUACCUUUCCCCUUAAACUAUGUUAUUUGUUCCAGACACUCAAUGCGAUAACAAGUUCCGCAUUUCACAAUUCUGGUAAAAAAUAUUAUCUUCCACCGGUAUUUCUUAUAUGUUCUUUGCAUCAGCUAUUUACUGUACUUGAGCAAAGUGAAUAGGUGGAUUAUUGCAUCCAAUUGAAGGCUUUAGAAUGCAUGUCUUUAUCUUCUGGGAGUUUGAGAAGGAACUGCAAGAUUGGGAUCUGUGGAAUGGAGGAUGAAAUCAUUUCUUCCCACCGGUGUGAAAAUCUUCAUGGAAAGCAAAAUUGAUGUGUUGCAACAUAAAAAAAGACAAUGUGGAACACCAGCCAAGGACCUUUGUUUUUAAUUGCAAAAAAAGUAACAAACAGCUACAUAGUUUUGAUUACAAACUAGUGGACUUGUUAGGGAUGUGCAUUGAACUGGAUCAUUGAACAAGGAAUGUGCAAUUGAACUGAUGCCUGUUUUUUGUAACUUUACCACUGGAGGGUACCAGGGUUUGUUUAAAGUUUGUCAUGUUGGCUGCAGUCCUCUCUAACUUGUAAGCUUAUACAACACAUUCUCGGUGUGGCGGCAACACACCUAACCUAUGGCGAGACAGUGGUGUGAAUGUUCACAGUAAACACGAAGGAAGUGAGUUGUCGGAAUGAAAAGCUCACCCUCUGAAGAAUGUAUCUGAAAUUAAUGGAGAUAAAAUCAAGUUGAUUCUGUAACAAGUAAUUACCUACUCCAUUUUAUUGCCAAGCAGGCAGUGAGGAUGAAAAUUACCCAUAAAUUGUUGGCAUUUCUCUUGGCUAGUAAAAUGAUAUACGGUAUUGAAAUGUCAACAUGCAUAUAAGCCAUUUCUUACCGAAAAUUGGAAACCAAUCUCCUGUGGGAAAAUGAAAGGAUAUAUCUUUCAUUACACCCAGCCAAAUAAAGCUGCCACUGCAGGAAAUAGCAUGUGGUUCAACUGUUUUUGAUAAACUGGGCUGUAACAUCAUGAGCAAAAUGCCUCAGAUUGAUGAUUGUACGGAAUUAAGUGAUCGGAAACAUCAUACCAUUGAAGUAGCUAUUUUGAUAAACGAGGAAACCAGACAAAUAAUUUUAAAAUUGUGUUGAUUUGCAUUUCUCCUAAAAUAUUAAAUAUGCUUUAAAAUACUUUCUGAACAAUAGAGAUGUAAUUUAAAAUGAUAGCUGAUUUUAAGUCAUUGAAACCAGCUAUCAUAUAAAACAAGAUUUAUCAAAAUAAAUUUUAAAUCAUAUUCAGUAUCUAAUUAUAAUCAUUAAGGAAGGUUAUAUUAUCCUUUCAUUAAUAAAAUCACUAAAUCAAUCAAACUGAAAUAUUGUCCAUUCCUAUUGCUAUUUAAAAUUGUGCAAGGAAUGGGAUUAAUUUGAUUUGUGUUUCAGAAAGUAAAUAUCUUUGUAAUUAUGUAAAUUCCGAGGAGACUAGCUGGCAUUAGAAUUUAAACCAUGUCAGACAUCUGAAUUAUUGUGGAGUAUGUAAGGAGGAUCAGCCAGGAGAUAUUUUUGGUAUGUUGACACAACUCCACCAUAAGUGCAUUGGAAAACCUGAUUGCAAACAAGUUCCAGGAAAAUCUCAGCCAUGUUUACUAAGCUUUUCAAUUAUUCUUGACAAAUUAUAACGUGGCUAAUUUAUUGAAAUGAUCGAGAAUUUGUCUUCCAAGUAUUUUAUGCCUUGAUCAAGAAUAAUCUCCAAUUUUUUUUUUUUAAUUAGUUAUAUCAAACAGGAAAAAAAUAAAAAUUCAGUCCAGUCAAAUAAAUAUUUCAAAUACACAAGCCAAAGUAUAUUUUAGUUACAGAGACCAUUUUUCAUCUAAAAGGUCUCAUGGUGAUGUCCAAGUUUAUUUGAAAGCAGUGGUCAACAUGCACUUUCUAAUGCUAUAAGCUUCACUCAGUGGAACGCAAACAAGAUUAUGCUUGCUGGCUUUGUAUCACACACCUUUAUUAGCAAUUGUUCCCAUUUAAACACUGUUCUUACCAAGAUUCGGACUAAUUAUAAAGCACAAUUUGUUCAGAAAUAUACUUUGAAAAAUACGUAAAGGUUGUCUAUUCCAAAAUUUGGAUUGGGCACUGAGAAAGCGUAAAUAAUGAUUGUGCAUUGUGGCACAGUUUGUAAAUUUCAUGAUGGAACCAGUCAAACCUGCAUAUACAUUUUAUAGCCACCAAUGACUAUUCCUACAGACUAGUUUGCACUGCUAAACCAAAUGUGACAAUAUUUCUGAAUGAUGCACUUAAGGACGUAAGAAAGUAGGUAGUACCUGUUCAUUGAACAUUCUUAAGUUUGAUGAACAUUUUUAGGGAAAAAAAAGUUAGGGUGUUUGCACAUCCCUUAUAAAUAUAUAUAUUUGUGUGUGUAUAUAAAAUGCCUAUUGUGAUUAUAUUGCAAACAUGUUUUGUGAAUUUCUAAUUGGUUGCCCAAGUGGCAUUCACUUUCCUAAAUUAUAGGAAUGCUCUUAUUCUCUAUUGAGCCAGUUGUGCUGCAGCAUUUUAUCUUAUUAAGUCACAUUGUGCGCUGAACUUGAAUACAUCAAAACUACAAGGUGCUAAUUUUAUGAUCAGCCAAAGCCAUGCUUUUAUUCCUCUUGUCUAGCAGAUAUGACAGUAAUUAUCUCCUAGCCAAAAAUAAACAUUUUUGCAAUGCAUUACAAACUAUUUAUAUUAUAGAAAUAGGCCACAUGGACCAAUAUGUCUCUGUAGGUGUUAUACAUCAUACACAAUCAUACUGUCUUACUGCAUCUCAUCUAAUUUACACAACCUGCAUUCUAUUAAAUACUUUUUACCCAAACUCUAAAAAAAAUCUUUGAAUAGAUAUUGAUUUUCUAAUUCUUAAUUGUCAAAACAUUGAGACUUAAAGUUUUAAUAUUCUAAGAGCAAGCAGUUCUAUUUUAUUCAAUUAUUUGCAAUAACGUAGUUAAUACAGCAAUACUACAUUUCUUCAGGUUAUCUAAUCAUACCUAUCCUUGGGUUAAUGGCAAGACUGUUUCUCCUUUUUUUCCCACCUAAUACUCAAAGAUCAAUUUUAUGGUAAGCUGAGCUAGUUUCUUUAUUCAAAUCUCAAGAAAACAUUUAUAGUUCAUACAAACGUCAUAUCCAUGAGCAAAAUCUCAGAUCAAAUUGCUCAUGCAAACUUGCAAGUUAACAAUGGAGAAAUGUAAGCAUUUCUUCAUCCUUCUAAAUUCCAGUCUCUUUAUCUCUAGUUGCUGUCAUUGUGUUAAAGAAAACAAAUACUAAAGAAUAUUAGGAAAAAUAAGAAUAGACCCAGUUGACUCUUUUAAUUAAUAAUUAAUGACAAUUUUGAAAGUACAGAUGAACCUGCUUUUCAGGUGUUCGCGUUCCUAGAAAUUUCAUCUCGAUUUCCCGCAUAAUGCAAAGCCUUGUCAUUGCUCAGACGUGAAGAAAAAGAGUUGAAAAUAAAUAAUGUUUUUUAUUAUUUUCACGUAAGUUGCUUGAGAGUAAAUUUGAUUUUGUUUCUCAAAUACUUGGGUAGUCAUUAAAUCAUAAGUGAUAGGAACAGAAUUAGGCCACUCAGCCCAUCAGGCCAACUCCGCCAUUCAAUCGUGGCUGAUCUAUCUCUCCCUCCUAACUCCAUUCUCCUGCCUUCUCCCCAUAACCCUAGACACCCGAUUUGUGAUUUGUGAAUUCUGUAAAGGGGAUCCCUUUGUUACCCAAGCGAUCAUAAUGUGGGGGUUGCCUGCACUGUUUCCACAGAUAAACUAAUAAACUAAAAACUAAACAGCGCGGGAUUAGUUCAGUGAUAUCCAAUCAUUUUCAUUACUCUUAACUUCUAUUCUGAUGCAUUACAUUACUGACAAUAGAAACAUUUUGUUAUUCGUCAUCCUCUAAAAUCUUAUCACAAGGUAUUCAACAAUACAUAGUCACAUUAUAUGAAUCGUUUACUCUUAAGUGAUACAACAAAUGUUUGUUUAACUUAAGGAAGAAGGUAGUUUUCUAACAAAGAAAUGCCAAAUUGUACAUUUGAAAUAUAAAGCAGUUCUUAAUAUUUUUUUACAAUAAUACAAUUAUUAUAUUACAAUAAUACAAUCACAAUUUUGCCACUGCUAUUCUUUGUCCUUCCUGCGCAUUUCAACCUGCAUUGCAAUUCCCAUGCCAUUCAUGUGUUACCAAGCUGAUUUUUCUCUGCUUCUGACACCUUCCUGUCGAAUUGUCUGCUAACCUACCCUUUGAAACAAACAGUAGAAUAAAAUUAACUUGCAAUACACUAGGAAUGAAUAAAGAUCAUGGAAAGUAUUGAAAUAGAUGUUAAGAAUUGCAGAACUACUUGUAUACUUAUUAUAUAUAACCAUAUAACAAUUACAGAAUGGAAGCAGGCCAUCUCGGCCCUACAAGUCCGUGCCGAACAUCCUUUUUCCCUUAGUUCCACCUGCCUGCACUCAUACCAUAACCCUCCAUUCCCUUCUCAUCCAUAUGCCUAUCCAAUUUAUUUUUAAAUGAUACCAACGAACCUGCCUCCACCACUUCCACUGGAAGCUCAUUCCACACCGCUCUGAGUAAAGAAGUUCCCCCUCAUGUUACCCCUAAACUUCUGCCCCUUAAUUCUGAAGUCACGUCCUCUUGUUUGAAUCUUCCCUAUUCUCAAAGGGAAAAGCUGAUCCACAUCAACUCUGUCUAUUCCUCUCAUCAUUUUAAAGACCUCUAUCAAGUCCCCCCUUAAGAUUCAGAUUCAAUUUUAAUUGUCAUUGUCAGUGUACAGUUAACCUUCUGCGCUCCAGAGAAUAAAGACCUAACUUAUUCAACCUUUCUCUGUAACUUAGUUGUUGAAACCCAGGCAACAUUCUAGUAAAUCUCCUCUGUACUCUCUCUAUUUUGUUUACAUCCUUCCUAUAAUUGGGCGACCAAAAUUGUACACCAUACACCAGAUUUGGUCUCACCAAUGCCUUGUACAAUUUUAACAUUACAUCCCAGCUUCUAUACUCAAUGCUCUGAUUUAUAAAGGCUAACAUACCAAAAGCUUUCUUUACCACCCUAUCUAUAUGAUAUUCCACCUUCAAGGAACUAUGCACGGUUAUUCCCAGAUCCCUCUGUUCAUCUGUAUUCUUCAAUUUCCUACCAUUUACCAUGUACGUCCUAUUUUGAUUUGUCCUGCCAAGGUGUAGCACCUCACAUUUAUCAGCAUUAAACUCCAUCUGCCAUCUUUCAGCCCAUUCUUCCAAAUGGCCUAAAUCACUCUAUAGACUUUGGAAAUCCUCUUCAUUAUCCACAACACCCCUUAUCUUGGUAUCAUCUGCAUACUUACUAAUCCAAUUUACCACACCUUCAUCCAGAUCAUUGAUGUACAUGACAAACAACAAAGGACCCAACAUCGAUCCCUGAGGCACCCCACUAGUCACUUGCCUCCAACCCGACAAACAACCAUCCACCAUUACCCUCUGGCUUCUCCCAUUCAGCCACUGUUGAAUCCAUCUUGCUACUCCUGCAUUUAUACCCAACAGUUGAACCUUCUUAACCAACCUUCCAUGAGAAACCUUGUCAAAGGCCUUACUAAAGUCCAUAUAGAUAACAUCCACUGCUUUUACCCUCGUCAAUUUCCGUAGUAACCUCCUCAAAAAAUUCAAGAAGAUUAGUCAAACAUGACCUUCCAGGCACAAAUCCAUGCUGACUGUUCCUAAUCAGACCCUGUUUAUCCAGAUGCUUAUAUAUAUUAUCUCUAAGUAUCUUUUCCAUUAAUUUGCCCACCACUGAAGUCAAACUAACAGGACUAUAAUUGCUAGGUUUACUCUUAGAACCCUUUUUAAACAAUGGAACAACAUGCGCGGAGGUAGAUUGUAGAUUAAACAAUGGAACAACAUGUGAGGAGGUAGCUUGGGCCCAUAUUUUACCGCACCCCGGAAUAUUUUAGUUAAACCCAAUUUGUGGUAAAAAUGCAUUUAAAUAAAAAUCCUGAUGGAAAGUAAAUAAAUAUCAAUUAAUCAGAUUGUGGAAAGUUGGUAAUUUGCCUCACUGUGAAAUUAUUUUGUAUCUGUUAGACAAGACCUUUAAUAGUUUGGCUGAAAUGUGACUACAAAGUACAUUCUAAAAUGAAAUUAAGAUUUAUAAAUGUCAUCAAACGAUUUCUUGGUGCUGACAGACACAAACUGCAGUUGCCAUGGGCAGCACAUGGCAAAAUAGUUUUUUGAAGGAUCGAAGUAUGUCAAAUGAUAUUGAUGAAUUUUUGUACGUGAUUCCAAGUUAAUGAAUGUUGUUUUCUACCAAAGGACAUUGUAUUUGCCAAUACGUAGACCAACAUUACUUGCCAGAAAGAAAAUAAAACCUCGGAUUGCUGUUUUCACAGGUUUGUUAAAUGGCAGAAAAUGUUGGGCAGGACUUUAUUCAAGCCAUAACAAAUGUUCCUAUGUUUGGACUAGUAGGAUUUACUCAGGAGAACAAGUGCAGUAUCAUUGAUUGUUAUUUGUAGGGGGAUUUGAACGCACCACAACUGCACACCAUAUUUAGCAUAGAAUGAAAUCAUCGAUAAAUUAAAAUUGUCAUAAAACUUCAAAAAAGGUUAGGAAAUAGAAAAAGGUAGUUUGACCCAGAAAAUUGCUGUCAAUUUAGUAAACCUCAAUUUAUCGCUUUUACCAUCUUACAUGAUUCCUCUCUCCCUCUCUCCCUCUCUCAAUCUCUAUAUCCUUCUUUGUCUCUCUGGGUUUCUCUGUCUUUGCAGCAUUGCAAACCUCUCUCUGAGCAGCAUUGAUGUACAGAGGUAUCUUGCAAUUUCAAACUUUUUUUGUUUCUAUUGCUUUUCCUCCAUCUCUCUCUCUCUCUCUCUUGGACUUAUUGGUGAUUUAUCCCAUAUGUUGAUAUUUAACACAGCAGAGUUCAAUUUACAUGUUUUUUUCUAAAUGAUGUCUCUAAAUUACUGAACUUUUUCUCCAAAUUGAAGCAUUAUUUACGCCAAUGGAAAGGCUAAUGGUGCGACAGAUAUGUGCAGUUGUAGUAAAUGUAAAAAUCUCUUUUUGAAAUGGUUGAUUGAAUGUAAUAAAACUGCAAGCUAUGCAUCUUGUAAUUUUGUGUUAUACUGCAGUCUGAUUACACGUGAUGAGUAAAACAUUCCUCUGUACAAAUCUGUCUGAUUGUCAAACAUCUCUGUAAACGUUUAAGGUGUAAACUUUAUCAGAUUGUUCGUAAUAUUUUGCAUUAUUUGGGAAAAUAAUGGUGCAGAAGAAUUUAAUAGAGCACCAUGUCACUCUUAGACAAUUGGUGGUACGGUUACUCUGGCUAAAAUCCCUCUCACAGUUAAGAAAAUAUGCAACUAUAAUUUAAUGGAUAGCAUAGUCUUAUCAAGAAACUAACACAUUCACAAUAGCAGAUUUCAAAUGUUAAAUUGUACAAUGGGGGUUAGUUAACUUACCUCAAUAAAACACAAUAGACUGAUUAAAAGUGCAAAUAUAUGUGAACUGAAAUUCCAAAUGUUAGUGGGCUUUUCAUCCAGAGAUAUGGAUUAAUCAACCAAAUAUAUAAAUUCAAAAAUCAGCAAAGCUACUGGAGUAUUUCAUUGUUCAUUAAAUGUUAUUUGUAACAAUGACCAUGGAACCACUUUUUUUUUUGUAAAAUGACAACUUAUAUUCUCUUCUAAGAAAGGACAUCACCUGUCACUAUCCAACCUGGCGGAUGUGUGAAGUCCUCCAGAUACUAGCAAUGUAUUUUUUGUUCACCAAGAUGGCUUUGCAAGCCAUUCAGUUGAAAGGUAGUUAGGGAUAGCCAAUAAUGCUGGACAUAGCAGCAAUGUCCACAUCCCAUGAAUGAAUAAAGAAGAAAAUUCACAAAGAACACAAAACUCCAUUAAUAAACAUUACAAAGUUAAAAUCCAUGUUGCAACAUUACAUAUGAAAACGAAUAUUUUGGGCAUAUGCCCAUUAGUUAACUGUUACAAUCUUAAUAACAUAGAUAUAACUUCAUACAUUGUAGGCUGUCUUCAUGUUGCACCUGCAAGUAUCCUCAUCUCUCCAUGUGCAGCUAUUGCAACUGACUGCUACCUUCAUAUCAUCAGACCCCAAACCAUUUUUAACAGGCAAACUAGGUUUAUAUAUAUAUAUUUAUAUAUAUAUAUAUGUGUGUAUGUGCUACUCCGAAGUCUUUAUGAAAUAAUGAAAAUGAUACACGCGUCAUCUAAGGAUUAAUUGUCUCUGACCCUAACACUGCAUUCUGAAGAAAGGGUCAUCAUGAAUGUUCACUCAGUCAUAUAGACCUGGGAAGUUUCAAGAUCACCUGCUAUGCUGUAUAAAUUGGAUGAGAAUAGCGAUAAAGAUAGACAGUAAACUCCUGUCUAGUUAGUGAUGUUCAGAAAUCCCAAUGAUAGGCAUCUAUUUCACCAAGUGCUGAUUUCCAUGCUCUCUUUCACACACUAGGGCUCUGGUUUCUAGGCUCUCUUUAACACACCAGCGCCCUGGUUCAUUUGUUCCCUUUAAUAUAUCAGGACCCCCGACUCCCAUACUCCAUUUAUUACACCAGAGUUCUGAUUCCCAGGCUGCCAGUAACACAUUGGGACUUCAGUUCCUAUGCUCACUUUAAAUUUACCAGGUGUAAGAAAGAACUGCAGAUGCUGGUUUAAAUUGAAGGUAGACACAAAAUGCUGGAGUAACUCAGCGGGACAGACAGCAUCUCUGGAAAGAAGGAAUGGGUGACGUUUUGGGUUGAGACCCUUCUUCAGAAUUUACCAGGAUCUAGUUCCUGCAUUCCCUUUAACUGUAUCAGUGUCACAUUUCACACACUGACUAGAAAACAUACUAUACUGUGGUAGCAGAAACAUGUAGCAAAAAGAAGUAAAUGAAAGUGUGUCCGAUUAUUGGAAUAAUACCAAAUAGUCUGGAGAAUCAGACUGUCCAGAACCACCAAAGUCCUUAGCGUUUCGGAUCACCAGAGUAUCACAGUGAUUGGUUUCAAUUUACCAAGGCAAGGUAAUGGUAAACUAGCCAUAGCUCCCAAUCUUGAUGUGUAGGAAGGAACUGCAGAUACUGGUUUAAACUGAAGAUAGACAUAAAGCUGGAGUAACUCAGCGAGACAGGCAGCAUGUCUGAAGAAGGGUAUCGACCCGAAACUUCACCAAUUCCUUCUCUCCAGAAAUGCUACCUGUCCCACUGAGAUACUCCAGCUUUUUGUGUCUGUCUCCCAAUCUUGAUAGUUAUCUAGGCGAGGGAAGAAACAUUUGCCUUCUUGAAUAAAAUGAGUAUUCAGUUAUUGAUUUGUUUCCCUAAAUAUUAUUCAUUAGUUCCACUCAGCUUCCAAACUCAUGUCUUGGAUUGGGAUCCUGGCUCCAAAUUGGUGACAGGUGGCCUCAUAGGCAUCCAUUUAUCUUCAUUGCAUCGUAUAGUCAAGGUUAACUGAAAAAUAAAAUUCCAUGGCACGAAUAUGUGGCACUGCAGCAGAUUCCUUCUGCAUUUAUUUCUCUCACGGGCUACCAUUGUCACUUCCCACCUUUGCUCACACACAAAAUAUAUAUAAGCUAAAGGAGUUCGUAAAUUGGAGCUGACUAAGCAAUCCUUUUUGGGGGGUAUAUUUUGAAUAUCAAGCACCCACCUCAGUUAAAGCCAAAACAAAACCACCACCUUUCCUGGUUAAAUUCUGAUGAGUAAUCUACCAUUGGAAAACUGGAUGUGCAAAUGAAGUAAUAUUUUGCUUUCUAAAAUGAAUCAUUGAUAAAGAUUUCACCUUAACAUUGACAUUCCAAGCCUGAAGAUAGCAACUCCUGUUUCUCACUGAAUAUCAAUGUUCGGUGUCAUAUUCAUGAUGACUGUUAACUAAUAGGAUGACAUUUCUGUGCUAGUGACUAACAGACUGUACAGAUUACAAGCUUUAACUGUUUAAUAUAAUGCUUUAUUUCACAUUGUCAGUUUCCAUAUACGAAGGAGACAGUAAAACCAUUGUGUUGUUAGUGUCCAUGACAGAGUAGCUGUACAUUCCUGUGGGAUUUGGGGCUCAUCUGGCCUGGUACUGUAGUUUUGCCCAGGCCAGUGCUUUUUGGGUGUGAAAUGAUCUUGUAUUUCUGAUUACUGGAGGAGUUAAUCAACCUACUGACACAUAGGAAUCUCUUUAUUUAGUACAUGAGAAAACAACCUUGGAUAACUGAAAAUUAAUUGGAGCUGGAAAUCUGGCUUCUUGGUCAGGUAUUAUUUAGGGGUUCUAAUUAGGUGAUUUCUUCCUAAAAAGGUUAAGUAGCUGAUUUGGUCACUGUGAUAUCUGGAGCUUGUUUAAUAGAUAUUUUACAGUUGCCAUUGUCUAAGUUUAUAUACUCUAGUCCCAACUAAUAUUGGGAUUUAAAUAUUGGGUAAGCGUUUUGAAAAGAUUUAUGUCUUUAUCUUUGAAGAGCUUAAAUCCAGUGCCAGGGAAACAAAAAAUCAAUUUAAAUGCACUGGUUAAUUACAAGUGUGACCACUGCAGAAUUGUAAAUAUGUAUUAUGUAAUAAAAAUCUUCAUAUGCA